AUGUCGGCGUGCAGAGCCCUUCGGGGCAACGCCCUCCUGCGCGCUGCUGCCGUCGCCCGGCCCAUUGCUAGCCUCGAAUCUCGCCGCACCUUCACGGCCACUCCGCGCGCCAUGUCGUCUUUCUACAAAGGAUGGGAGCCUGAGGGACCUUCUGUGAAAACCCAGAUCCCGGGACCCAAGGCCCAGGCGGCCAUUGCCGAUCUGGAUACCGUGUUUGACACACGCAGCUUGAACAUGCUGACGGAUUACUCGAAGAGCGUGGGCAACUACAUUGCGGAUCCGGAUGGCAACGUGCUGCUAGACGUAUACGCCCAAAUCGCCUCGAUUCCUCUUGGGUAUAACAACCCGACCCUUCGCGCGGCCGCCCGGAGCAACGAAAUGAUCAACGGCAUCAUCAACCGCCCCGCGCUCGGCAACUUUCCACCGGCGGAAUGGGCCGAGGUUCUCAAAAGCGGCAUCCUCAAGGUCGCACCCAAGGGCCUCAACCAGGUGUUCACCGCCAUGGCCGGCUCCGAUGCCAACGAGACUGCCUACAAGGCCGCUUUCAUGUGGCGGCGCCAGCGCGAGCGUGGUGGUGCCUCGGUCGAGUUCACCGAGGAGGAAAUGAACUCGGCCAUGAACAACCAGAGCCCCGGCGCCUCGCAGAACCUGUCUAUCCUGUCCUUCAAGACCGGAUUCCACGGCCGCCUCUUUGGCUCGCUCUCCACCACCCGCUCCAAGCCCAUCCACAAGCUUGAUAUCCCUGCCUUUGACUGGCCGCAGGCCACCUUCCCACAGCUCAAGUACCCCCUCGACCAACACGUCGAAGAAAACGCCGCUAUUGAGCGUGCGGCCCUCGAAGAGGUCGAGAAACUCAUCACCACUUACCAUAUUCCCCCCUGCGCCGUCGUCGUCGAGCCCAUCCAGUCCGAAGGCGGCGACAACCACGCUACGCCUGCCUUCUUCCGCGGCCUGCGUGAGAUCACCCGCAAGCACGGGGUGCUGCUCAUCGUCGACGAAGUCCAGACAGGUGUCGGCGCCACUGGCCGCUUCUGGGCACACGACCACUGGGACCUCCCGCACCCUCCGGACAUGGUCACCUUCAGCAAGAAGGCGCAAACAGCGGGGUACUACUUCGGCAACCCGGAGCUGCGUCCCAACAAGCCGUACCGGCAGUUCAACACCUGGAUGGGUGACCCGGCCCGCGCUUUGCUCUUCCGCGCCAUCAUCGACGAGAUCGAAAAGCUCGACCUUGUUAAGCACACCGCUCGUGUCGGCGACUAUCUGUUUGGCAAGCUGGAGGCGCUGGCCGAGAAAUACCCAGGCCAGUUCAAUAACUUGAGGGGUAAGGGCCAGGGCACGUUUAUCGCCUUUGACAACCCGCGUCGGGACGAGUUCUUAGUCAAGGCCAAGACACUGGGUGUGAAUAUUGGCGGGAGUGGACAGAGCGCGGUGCGGUUACGGCCGAUGCUGAUUUUCGAAGAGAAGCAUGCGGAUUUGCUGGUGGACGUGUUGGAGAAGAUUGUCAAGAGCUGGUAG